GCUACUUGCAGAGUAUCAGCAUAGCGAUUAAAUUAGCUAGCAGAACAGAAUGAUUAUAUCCUUGAAAAGGCCCAAUUCAAAGUGAAUCAAUAACUUUUUGGUUUACAGCACAGUUAUAUAGGAUUGCUAUGAAUCUGCUAAUCCUUUAUUGUAGACUCAAUUUUCUUACAUUCGUCUCACUCUAUAUUUAAACUAAAGACACUUCAUGUCAACUUGUGUACUCUUUAUCUAUGGUUUAAUUUCUAAAAUUUUCACUGCUAGGAGGAUCUUGGCCUUUGUAAUAAUAACAGGAGAUUAAAUCAAUAUCACGAUAUUGUGUUUAAUAGUAUGGCUGCUCUACAUAAAAGACCAUUCGAAUUCCGGAUGUGUAAAAAAGUAGCAGAGCUAACUCAAGUGAUUCAUAUGCUAUUCACGAGAAACCAUGAGAGGGAAGUUGAACUAGAGGCGACAAAAGAAGCUUACGAAGAAGAAAUUAAUAGGGUUCUCAGAGAAUCUGAUGAAAGAAUAAGCGUUUACAAGACCAAAUAUCAGGAGUUACAAUUUGCAAAAGAAUUAAAACAAGACAGGAAGAAACAAGAAGUAAACGAAGAAGCUGUUAAAUUUUUAAAUAUUAGAAAUAAAGAGUUAGAAGAAAAGAUUAAUGAUUUAGAAGUAUUAGCUUCUGAAAGAAGAAACGAGUGUAAUGAGAUAAAAGUAUUACUAAAUAAAGCUGAAAGUCAUGUUGAAAAGUUGAAAGAAUUGAAAACAGAAGACUUAAGAAAGAAUCAGGGGAAAUGCGAAGAAAUUACGGCAAAGAAUGAAAAGCUAAAAGGUCGAAUUUCAAUUUUGGAAAAGGAAUUAAGAGAUUCACAACAAAGUUCUGAGAGAGAUCGAUUAGAUUUACAAAGACUGAUCGAUCAAUUAAGAAGAGAAAACGAAAAAUAUAGAAAUUGCUUAGUCGAUAACGAAAAAUCUAAACAGCAAUUGUUAGCCAAAGUCAAACAACUGGAAAACGAUCUUAAAAGAGUAAAAAAGCAACUGCUUCUAAAGAAACAAAGUCAACAAACGAAUGAUCGAAGAAAUUCUUAUUUUAACGGUAAUGAGGAUGAUGAGAUAGAUAAAUUAAGAAAUGAAGUUGCUAGAUAUAAAAUGGAAUUGUCAAAUAGAGAAAACAAUUUUAACAGAGUAUUUUCCGAUAUUCAGCCAGUUCUAUUAGAUAGAAGAUCUCAGAAUCAAGCCCGUAAAUAUUCAACCGGUACUCAAAUGCAGUCUUUACAUUCUUACCCAAAUGAUUUAGAAGGUCGAUUACCUCAAUUGGGUUAUGAGAGGAGUAGAUCAGGUACCCUAAUCAGAUCACGAUCCCUUUCUAGGGAGAUGUCUUACUGAUAUAAACUUAAUAAUUAGAUACCACUAUGAAAAUUUUGUGACUAUUUUAGAAUUUAUUUCAAAGCGGAUUAACAACGGAUGGAUAAAUAGUGAACUUUUCAACUUAAUGGCGGUCCAGAUCAUUGAACUAUUUAGGUAAAAUCUUUAUCAUUGUAUUCUUUUUUUCCUAUUUUCAAGUAUGGAAUUGACUCAUUCUGACAACUUUUAGUAAAAGGAAAUCUUGAAAUAUCUUUAUAUUGAGAAAUUUUUUCGUUCAAAACGCAUACUUUUCUUAAUUAGCUCUUCAAUUUAAUCUGAAUAAAAUUUACAUUUUCAAUUUGAUUAAACAAUUUAAUUAGAAUAACAGAAUCUCGAAAAGUCAGAAGACACAAUCUUACUUCAAAACUAUGACUUAUAAAGCAACUUUUCCCUAUUAACCACAUUAAUAUUGCUUAAGCAGAAUGUUGUAUAUACAUAUGUAUUCACCAAAUUAUUUAAUUAUGAAGGAGUAUGAAUUCAAUAAACUAAAAAUAGACUUUAGAUGUUUAUAAAUAGUCCAUUUGAGAGGUUUUAUUAAUAUUAAUAAGAGAAAAGGAUAUAAAAAAUCCAAGCCCAAGCUCUACGCUUAACAAAAGGAUUAUUAAGGAGUAUUUAUUUUACAGUAUGUUUUUAUUUGUAUACAAGAAAUGUUUUAUAUGUUGCUCACCACACUGUAUAUACUGUAUAUGAAUAUACUAAUACAUAUAUUUAUAUAGAUAUCUA